UUGUCAAAUUAUUUUGAUUUUCUGUUUUGGAAGUGCUUUUGUUCGCCUCGCAUUCAGCGCGGUUUGUUGUUUUCGAAGCCUUUGUCUGCAUCAAUUGAAAAUGCAUCUUUACGGAGGAAAACGCUUUGCCUAUGUCAGUUCUCCGGUGUACCAGUGGAACUCGGUGGAUGUGUUGACGGAGAGCGGACUCUUCCAGCACGGUGAAGUGAUCAAUGUUGCGGAGAACGGGCUGAUCGUGGAUUUCCACUGCAGCGAACAGCGCGCACAGUUGGUCAGCCACGACAAAACCUUCUACGCUUUCGUUGCCCCAUGCUCCGCGGGUUACCGAGAUUGGCGUGACGAACUGCGGCGGAACCCCGCAGUGACGGAAAACGCCAGUGUGCAGCUGCUGUGUCGAGCGGAUCCGGGCGCUGCGUGGCUGUGGUACCCGGGUCGCCUUGCCAGCAAGUCCAUGUUUUUUUCCUAUGGCAACAUCGGCCUGGUUGUCGCGGAGGUUCAAAUAGAAGGACAACAACAAACGGAACUGUUCCCCGUCGAGCAGGUUCGUUUUCCGCUGUUUGCGGCAGAUCUCGUCGGAUGCUACCGGAUGCCUUCGUGUUGCGGGAGUGUCGUUUGCCGGAGAAUUAUGAGUCGACCGUCCCGCCGGGAAUGACUGCUGGCUUUCGUGGGCGCAUUGAAGCCACGCUGCGUGCGCGUGUUGUGGCGGUUCUCCGCCAGACGUUUACGUAUCUCCAGCGAGGGGAUAGACCACCAGUCAGGGAAGAGAAAGUGAAUGAGGCGUACGAGAUGGCCGUCGGAACCGUUAGAGUCAGAAACCCCAACAGCCUCGAAGUGCAGUCCGAAGGGGGGUGUCUGUUGCCAGCGGAGAAUCACCUCUUACGCGCGAUCUUCCAGUCAUUGGAUAGCGUCAGCCGCACGAAGCUGCGUCGCGUGUGUCCGCUGUGGAAUGCCGUCCUGACCGGCGCCGACUGUGGCAAAACCGUGCGCAUUUCCUUCGCAGCCAGUCCGUUCUCCCCCAUCCAGGCGGGGAAUUUCGGCAGGGCGUACGGCGCUGUCGGUGGGAUGCUCAAGUGCGUUAAUAAUUCGACGGAACGCCUGAUCAUCGAGCAUCUGCGUGGCGCGCACGUGGAGAGUGUUAUGACAGUGAUUCGGUGGAUACUGCGGCAUGUCCGAAUUAAACAACUGGUUUUUCAUCGCGUGGUAUUCAACUGGGUUAGUAGUGCUCUAUCAGAAGAUGUUGGGGAGGAGGCGAUGAUGCUGCCACCGGUGGGUGUCCGCCGUCUGGCGGUAGGCCUCCGCGGCUUGGCGCCAUUCUGCGAUGAACUGCGGAUGCGGCAGUGUGAAUUCAACUGCACUGCACGGAUGAAGGCCGUUAUUCCGCCGGUGAGGAUUCAGCUGGAAGCAGCGGAUAUUGAAGCGCAGUUCUGGGAUUUGUACGAGGCGAACCUGUCCCGCGACGGACUGAAUGUGGAGGAAAUGGCCGAGUGGAUUCGCAGCGGAUCGGAACAACUUCGCACCAUGGUUGCUCAGUCUGUGGAAGACUGGCAAAGUCACGAUCCGCGAUUGACAACGCAGUAUCGAGGUUAUACGUGGACGGUAGAGAAUCUCCAUCAGCUGGAUGUUUCCAAGCUGACCACCAUGACGAUGCGUGCUUUGAAAGAUAUUCUCCCCGCCGAUUAUGCAUUUUUGCAACGUGGGGACGAGGACGAUGAAAUUGUCGAAGAUCACUGAUAAUUUGUGCUGUUGAGGGUAUCAGCUACUUGGUGUCUCACGUUUUUCGGUUGGUUUUGGUAAAUGAAACGACUUCUUUAGUCUCACAUGCUGGAUUGUUCAUAAUUUCAUUUGAUAAAUCUUGUGUGUAUUUCACGAUUGAGCCGGAUAGAUGCGUCAGCCAUCAUGUUGGGUGCUUUUUAUAUCCAAAAGACCACAUUAGGUAAA